AUGGAAGCAAUCAAAGCAGUAACCUCCGAUCGCAUCGUAUUCCGCAAGGAUGCUGUCACGUAUGAGCCUCUCAAUAUUUAUGGCAAGAACAUUGUCGGUACGGAUCAGGGCGAAUGGAAACGACAUCGUACUGUUGCUGCUCCUGCAUUUAGUGAGGCCAACAAUGCUUUGGUCUGGGCAGAAACCAUUAGAAUAAUGAGCGACUGGUUCAAUCAACUCGACACUGCCCAACGUGCGGAGAAGUCUGCUUCUAAUAGCCUGUCUUCAGACCUCACUGUCGAGAUGGUAGCACCCAUGACACAGAUUACCCUCCUCAUUACUUCUGUUGCUGGUUUUGGGAGGCAGGUUUCUUGGGAUGAUGACUCCUCUGAUGUGCCCGCUCCCGGUUAUGCUCUCACUUUUCGUUCUGCCAUGAUAGCUGCUGUGGAAAACGUGAUGUUCAGAAUGCUUCCUCCAGACUGGUUUACUUCGUUUUCGUCUGUUGUGAAAGUGCCUUAUCUUUCCGCACGUAUUCUACAAGCUCGGCAGGCCUUCGAUGAACUGGGAAGUUAUAUGUUGGAACUCGUGUCUUCGGCUCGUGCAUCUGUCACGGAGGGGAGGUCGUCGGCUUCACGCGCUGCUCUGCUGCAUAAUCUCGUUGAAGCAAACAUGUCUCCGGAGGGUGACAGCAAAUGCUUGUCUGACAGCGAAGUUCUUUCGAAUACAUUUGUGUUUCUCCUAGCUGGACAUGAAACAUCCGCUCAUACUUUGUCGUUUGCCAUCAGUCUUCUGGCGUUGUAUCCAGAAGCACAAGGCAAGAUAUAUGAAGAAGUGCGCAAGAUUUGGCCAGAAGGAGAUACUAUAGGUGGUUCUACUUCUUCCUACAAGGAUUUCCCCCAGCUGCCAUACACUUUGGCAUUCUUCCGUGAAACGCUUCGCCUUUUCCCCCCGGUAAUACGAUUACCGAGAGAUGUACAUACUGAUGUUAUGCUUCCUGCACAACGUUUGAAUGCGGGAGCGAAAGGUUCUGUCACUCCUGGCGAGUCUUUUUCAGUUGCCGUACCAGCCGGUAGUAUUGUGGUCAUUGAUAUAUGGGCCUUACAUAUGAAUCCAUUAUAUUGGGGUGACGAUGUCGAGGAUUUUAAGCCUGCGCGAUUCAUUGACUCGGAUACGUAUCGCUGGCCACGGGAUGCAUUCUUAGCAUUCUCGGGUGGCCCUCGCUCUUGCAUUGGCCAAAGAUUCGCGCUCACAGAAAGCAUUUGCAUUCUUGCUAGCCUCGUUCAUCGAUAUGAAGUGCUCAUACCAGAGAAUUUGAUGCAUAAACCGUUCGAGGAGCAAAGAGAAGCAAUGCUGAAUUGGACACCUGGCCUCACACUGGUUCCCACCAAUGCUAACGUUCGACUUCGCCGGAGGACAUGA